AUUUCCGGAACUUUUUGUGAGCCAUGCAGAAGGGCAUUGUAAAAAUUCUGCCUGUUCGGCAACUUCAAUCUUUCUUGUUAUGUCGUAAUUACGCUGUUAAAACUUUCAAACACAAAACUCAUGUUGAAAAGAGAAAUCAGAAGAGGGAGGCAUAUGGUCCAGUGACAAAUCCAAAGGAUGUGUCCGUGGGCAAAAUCGGAGGGUCCAAGGAAAUUACAGAGAAGGUUCAAUAUCCAAUUCACGAGCGUGUGGCACUGACGGGAAGGUUUGAUGAUAACACAAAGCAGUAUAAACAUAUUAAAGAGAUGGUACCAGAAUUUGUUGUCCCCGAUUUGAAAGAUUUUAAGCUGAAGGCGUACGUGCCGUGGGGAAUAGAGGAUGUGAAUCAGACAGAGUUUACACCACAGGAUCUGUUUUUUGCAACAUAUGCAAAGGAUAUAAAGAAAGAUUUUACAGAAAACCGAUUAGAACCUGAAAACUCAGAGAAAGGAAAUUCCUGAUACCUGAUUUACUGUACAUAAAUUAGAAAAACCUUAAAUCUGACAUUGAAAUACUUGUGUAGAGUCCUGCCAGACUUGCUUUAUGCCGAGUCAAAAUCAUAUUAACUCAUUAUGUCUGUCGUCAUGCUGAGUCAUGAACUCCGGAAGACCUUUCAAGUUUGAGUGUUCAUAAAGAAUCUGGAAAUAUGGGCAGAUAACUCUUAAUUUACAGAUUCCAGACCCUGUUAUUCAGCUUCUCAAUACCUUUGCAUUUAUUGAUUUGUUGUCUUAAUUAAUGGAUUGAUAUGUAUACACUUUUGCUAUAUUUUCACAAAACUUUGAUGUGUGAAAAUUUCAAGAUACAGGUUGGUUUGUUUGAGAUCCUCAAAAUGACUUUAACACUAACAUAAUUAUUUCACUUUAUUUGAAAGAUUAAAAAGAAAAAAGGAUGUGUAUGCACAAUUUGGCGGAGAUUUGAGAAUUUUGAAAAAAAAACCCAUUUUGGAUUGGUGUGGUUGUGUAGAUUGCAUUAUGAAUCAAACUUAUUCUAUAUGUAAGUAAGGUACAUAUUUUAAAAUUAUACAAUAUUAUCACAUUACUUUGUAUUGGAGAUUCAUUAAAUAUUUUUGUGGUUAAUGAUCUACUUUUUUUUAUCAAUUCCAUCAUUGUGUAUGAGCAGAAAUAUGCAACUGUGACACAAAGGUCUUUAGCACACUAAAUAAACAAAUGAAUAAUAAUGAAAAUAUGAAAUAAAAAAAAGUUAUAAAAAUAUUUGCUACUGUGACACAAAGGUCUUUAGCACACUAAAUAAACAAAUGAAUAAUAAUGAAAAUGUGAAAUAAAAAAGUUAUAAAAAUAUUUAUUUUUGGAAAAAUUGCAGAAAUUUGAAUGAUUGAAAAUUCAGUAUUUACAGAACUUUUCUUAAUUAGCUUUACUUUGAAAGAUAUACAUGUAAUUACAUCUGAUUUAGUAAUUUUUCUUUUGGGUGUAAAGAUAGAAAGUUUCUCCCAGAAUACCUGGUACACAAUUUUUUAUAUUGUCUAGGUUUAUUUCACCAGUUUAAGUAAUUAAUAUUGUUUGAGAGUGAAAAUGGAGAAUUGAGAAUUUAAUUGUGUUGAUGAUAUUUGUCACAGAAGUAAUGUUUUUCCUUUCUAAGGAUAUUAAAUAUUUGUAAAACACUUA